CACAUGAAAGCAAAGGCUCAUCCUUCCUUCAUUUUUUUUUCUCUCAAACCCUAAAUUCCCGUUUCUCUGUAUGCAACUAUCAUUGUUGCAGACUUGCAGCUGCUAUCUUUUCUUCUUCUUGUUCAGAAUCUUACUUAAGUUCAAGUUAUUGAGCUACUUAUAACACAAAAAAUGACUGUUAGAACACCUGGAACACCAGCUUCAAAGAUUGAAACGACACCACCAUCAACCCCUGGACGGACAAGAGCAAGGGAGGAUAAGAUUGUAGUUACAGUGAGGCUAAGACCUCUAAACAGAAGAGAGCAAUUCUCUAAAGAUCAGGUCGCAUGGGAUUGCGUCGAUCAUCACCGGAUCGUGUGUAAACCACAAGUUCCUGAACAUGCAACUCAACCAACCUCAUUUGCUUUUGAUAAAGUUUUUGGUCCUGCUUGUUUAACCGAGACAGUAUACGACGAAGGAGUGAAGAAUGUCGUAUUGUCUGCGUUGAUGGGCAUCAACGCAACUGUUUUUGCCUAUGGACAAACAAGCAGUGGAAAGACUUACACAAUGAGAGGCAUAACAGAGAAGGCGGUCAAUGAUAUAUAUAACCAUAUAAUGGAUACCCCAGAGAGAGAUUUCACUAUAAAAAUAUCUGGACUUGAAAUAUACAAUGAAAAUGUGAGGGACUUGUUAAAUUCAGAAUCUGGACGCAGUCUGAAGCUUUUAGAUGAUCCUGAGAAAGGUACUGUUGUUGAGAAAUUGGUGGAAGAAACUGCAAAUGAUGACAAGCAUUUAAGAUAUCUUAUAUCUAUUUGUGAAGCUCAAAGGCAGGUUGGUGAAACUGCUCUUAAUGAUAAGAGCUCAAGAUCUCACCAAAUAAUAAGACUGACAAUUCAAAGUACACUACGUGAAAAUUCAGAUUGUGUGAGAUCUUUUCUUGCCACACUGAACUUUGUUGAUCUGGCUGGAAGUGAGAGGGCUGCACAGACACAUGCAGAUGGCACUAGGCUUAGAGAAGGCUGCCAUAUUAAUCUUAGCCUGAUGACUCUCACAACGGUGAUCCGGAAACUCAGUGUUGGAAAAAGAAGUGGUCAUAUACCUUACAGAGAUUCAAAACUCACCCGUAUAUUGCAACACUCUCUCGGAGGGAAUGCACGCACUGCCAUCAUAUGUACUUUGAGCCCAGCACUAAGUCAUCUGGAGCAGUCGCGAAAUACUCUCUUAUUUGCUACCCGGGCAAAGGAAGUAACAAAUAAUGCUCAAGUUAACAUGGUUGUUUCUGACAAGCAGCUUGUUAAACAUUUGCAAAAGGAAUUAGCCAGGCUUGAGGCAGAGCUUCGCACACCUGAUCAGUCAAGGGAAAAGGAUUUGAAAAUUCAGCAGAUGGAGAUGGAGAUUGAACAACUGAAACUUCAAAGAGAUCUUGCACAAUCUCAGGUGGAUGAAUUAAACAAAAAACUUCAGGAGGAUCAUCACAUCUCAAAUCAAGUUGAAUCACCUCAGUUAUCAGUCACGAAGUGUCUCUCGUACACUGGUUCACUAUCAUCACUAAAACGAGAUAAAAUAAGAAACACAACAUUAAGGCAGUCAAUGAGGCAAUCAUCUACUGCUCCUUUUACUCUUAUGCAUGAAAUUCAUAAACUUGAGCAUCUCCAGACGCAGCUGGGGGAAGAAGCUAAUCGAGCACUGGAAGUAUUACAGAAGGAAGUGGCAUGUCACAGACUAGGGAACCAAAAUGCAGCAGAGACAAUUGCUAACCUGCAAGCUGAAAUAAGGCAAAUGUGUGCUGUUAGGUCUGCACCCAAGGAAGUUGAAGUUGGGAGAAUGGUUUCUGUAAACAAGAGCAUCAGUGCUAAUCUCAAGCAUGAAAUUGUCCGUCUUCAUUCACAGGGAAGCAACAUUGCAAAUCUUGAGCAACAGCUAGAAAAUGUUCAAAGGUCCAUAGACAAGCUGGUGAUGUCUCUCCCAAACAAUUAUCAACAACUAAACAGCAAAGCCUCGAAACUGAGAAAAGAACACAGAAGGAAAAAGUUGCCUCCUUUGGCUUCAAUUAAUGCUGUGAAUCGGCAAAAUUUUAUAAGAUCUCCAUGCUCACCAUUAUCCACCCCUCACCAAGUUUUGGAAUCUUAUAUCGAAAAUAGAGCUCCAGAUGAUGAAGACAUUGUUUCAAGUGAGAAUUUGCCACCAGAAUCUGAGAAGGAGGAAACUCCAUCCAAGAAUGAAGAAGGGGAUAAUGUUUCAUCCCGGGACAACAACAAUUCAGGUUAUCGACGCUCUAGUUCAGUUAACAUGAAGAAAAUGCAGAAAAUGUUUCAGAAUGCUGCAGAAGAGAAUGUUAGAAGUAUAAGGACUUAUGUUACAGAGUUGAAGGAACGUGUGGCCAAAUUGCAAUACCAAAAGCAGUUACUUGUUUGCCAGGUUCUUGAGCUUGAAGCAAAUGAAGCAAAUGGCCACAAUAUAGAAAAUGAAGGUCUUAGUGAACAAGAAGGAUCCCAAGUUUCAGGGCAUAUAACAUUUCAGGAGCAGCAGCAGCAGAUCAUUGAAUUAUGGGAUCUUUGUUUUGUUUCCGUAAUUCAUAGGACCCAAUUUUAUUUGUUAUUCAAGGGAGAUCCAGCUGACCAAAUAUACAUGGAAGUUGAACUAAGGCGUUUGACAUGGUUGCAACAACACCUGGCAGAAGUUGGGAAUGCAAGCCCCGCUCAUGUUGGAGACGAGCGUACGAUCUCUUUGUCAUCAAGUAUCAAAGCCUUGAAAAGAGAAAGGGAAUUCCUUGCAAAGAGAUUGGGAUCACGUUUGACACUAGAGGAGAGGGAUGCACUGUACAUGAAAUGGGAUGUUCCAGUUGUUGGGAAGCAGAAGAGGCUGCAGUUUGUAAGCAAGCUCUGGACAGAACCACAUAAUCCAAAGCAUGUAAAGGAGAGUGCUGAAAUAGUUGCAAAACUUGUCGGGUUUUGUGAAGGAGGCAACAUAUCAAGGGAGAUGUUUGAGCUCAAUUUUGUGCUUCCAUCUGACAAGAGACCCUGGUUAAUGGACUGGAGUCCUAUAACAAAUUUACUAAAUUUGUAAUACAUCAUGACUAAUAUAAGU